AUGAUUCCUGGAGCUCUAAUGAAUGACCAAGUACGGCGGUUCAGAGUAGGAGUUUAUGAUCUUUCAAAGGUGGAUGGGACGGGCCUGAUUUUGGUGAUGACCUCAGCCCUGGAUAGCGUUUUUAUCUUAAGACCAACCAUUGUUUAUGUUUCUGUGUACACUGGUGACACACUGACUCUGGAAUGCAGUAUUGAUGGGAAAUUUACUGACUGGACAUAUCGCUUUUACAGAGGAGAUGACAGAAACUGGGGGAGUAAAAUUAAAGCAACCAAUGAGAACACUUUCACCAUCAAAUCUGUGACUCAGUCUGACAGUGGAGUGUACCGCUGUGAUGUCUACAGAGGCAAUCCUAUUUAUGUCUUACAGUCCAGGAACAAUCCUGUCACACUGACUGUCCAGGAGUUGUUCAGUAAGCCCACCCUGACAGUUGAACCCAGUGCUUCAGUGUGGGAAAUGGAUAGUGUGAGCUUGAGCUGUCAGUCUGAGAGCAAAGUGACAGGGACACGGCUGACAUACAGAUUCUACCGAGAAAACAACACUGUGAGUCAAGAAACUUUGGAAAAUGUGUUCAGAAUUAAUGUUGCUUUUAAAGACAAUUCUGGGAGUUACUGGUGUGAGGUGGGGUCAGAGGAGAAAAGGACUGAGAAAAAAAGAAGUGACCCAGUGCAAGUGACUGUGAGAGAAAACCCAAAGGCAACUCUGACAAUAAGGAAUGACAGUAAAAAUGUGUACAUUGGUGAUACGGUGACCCUGGACUGCAGCAUUGAGGGCAGCUUUACUGACUGGAAAUAUUUAUGGUACAAAAGGAACCUGACAAACUGGGGAAAUUGGAUUAAAGAUGGCACUGGAAACGCUUACACCUUCCAGUCUGCUACCCUCUCUAAAAGUGGAGAAUACUGGUGUAGUGCCUACAGAGAUGUUCCUCCUCCUCGUCCUCUUAAACUUGGUGGAUAUGAUUCUCCUCGUCGCUCACAGGGCAGCAAUGUUGUUACUCUGACUGUUAAAGCUAUGAAUGUAACUCUGGAACCGUCUCCUAGCAGAUCUGUGAAGUUAGGAGACCCCCUUAACCUCACUUGUAUAUGGAGAAGGAACCAAAGCUCUGACUCAAGACUCACCUUCAGCUUCUUACAAAAUAAUAUGACUGUGGAACACAGCAGGGAGUCUUCAGUGUUGAGCAUCACAGGGGUUGAGAAGAGACAUGGCGGGAGCUACAUGUGUGCUGCAGAAUCGCCAGGAGGAGGAAAAUCUUACAGCGAAGCCAUAGAGAUCGAAGUGCAAGACAUGACAGUUUGGUUAACUGUUGACUCUAAAUUAGUCCCAGUCAGAGUGCAAGUAUUGUUGAGUGUGCCCUAUGAUGGAUUGAUAUCUGUCAAGGAGUGUAUCCCACCUCACUCUGGCCUUCACAGCCUUGAAUAG